CUUUCUUCGAUCUUAAUUUCGAUCUCGAAAGAAAAAUCGCAAUAUUUCCGAAAUAAUCCACAUUCUUUGGCAUUACACAAAAGUUAUGUCUAUUCUAAUGUUGUUUCGUAAAUAAUUUUUCUUAUGUCGCAAACUGUUUGACGUGUCACGUGGAUGUAUGUAUUUACUUACGUAUGUCAAUAUCGAGAAGGAUAUGUGUUUUUUUUUAACCAAAUGAGAUCUUUUUCAAAUCAAUUUUGCUAACAAAAUUUCGAAAAUUAUAAAAAAAAAAAAAAAAAAAUGAAGAAAAUAACGAGCUAAUCAAUUGCCAUGUUUUUAUUUCUAAAAAUCUUGCCGAUUCUCAAGUGUUGACGUCUAUUUGAUAAUUGGUGGUUAAGUGACGAACGAGAUUUGGCGCGGAUAUGCGAAUGCGCGAAAAUGGCGCAUGAGAGGAAUAGAAAGGGUGGAAAAGAGAGAAGAAUAACGGAUCCAGGUUUAGAGCAAGGAGCGUCGGUUUUUCGUAGCUGACAGCUCUCGUCGUCGACAAUAUUCGUGACAACAAAAAGAUGCGACAUCUGGUUUAGUAGUGCCACGACUUCUGGGCUGGUUCGGCCGUAAAGCUUUUUCACCUCCUUCGGAGGACAUGCAAGAGAUAUCCGACACAGUGCGGCAAAUCGUCGAAUUCGAGGAUUUAGUGUCGCGAUUGAAUCGAAUAAACGACGUUGGGCGACCAUUGAACAAUAUCGGUGGUGUUGUUAUCGAGAAUAAAAUCGGAACGAUAAUUACAACGAUAUCUGCAGCAACAAGAACGACAACGAUAACGACUACAUUAACGAAAACAACAACGACAAAGACGUUGACGAAUUGGGGAAAUAUUGGUGGAUCAUUACCAGUUUCACGUUCUAUAGCCCCGGAAUUGGGAUCGAAAUCGGAUACGGUGCCUGUGCCGGCGUCGACGUCUGCGUCGACGUCGGCAUCGGCAUCGGCAUCGGCAUCGGUAUCGGUAUCAUUACCGUUUUUGAACAAACAGGAAUCAAAUUCUGUUCCUUUGUCGCGACAUUACGUUCAAGAUUCAAACUGCUCGUGCACGUGUUCGCACAUCGGAACCGCCGUCAAGUCCGCCAUUCGUACGAUUAACUGUUCAUCUAUUUCAUCGGAACAUCGGCAGAAGGAAGAAAUUGAACGUCAAGAACAACAAGAACAAGAACAACGAGUGCGCGUACAUAUCGGUAUCGACGAGGAUUUACGCAUGAUUCUCGACAUGGAUCCGUCGAUUGUCGACGGAAUGCCCACGUCGUCCCUAGUGCACGCCAACUCUCGGAACAAUGGUCACGUUGCGUUUGCUCGGCCGUUACGAUCAACUCGCCCGCAAGGCUGUCCACCAACGUUUAAGACUGCAACACCCACCUCGCGUACACAACUGAAACUUCAGCUGAUGCGAGAACAGCUGCAAGAGCAGGAAAGGCGAGAAGCUGAAUUUCGUCAGAAUUUGCAGCAACAGAGACCAACGGCUGCUCCUCCCAGGCCGGUACCUUCUACCUCACUCUCGACUAUCGGCGUAGACGUACCACCACAAGUCUUACAAGUACGGACAUUAUUGGAAAAUCCGACGCGUUACCAUGUCGUUCAAAAGCAGAAGAAUCAAGUGCGGCAAUACCUUCACGAAUCGUUUCGCGGUAACGGAACGAUCAGCGCCGGGGAUGGAAACGUUCUCGGCAGAAAUUCGGUGGAAGGUGUGCCGACAUCCGCACCGAUGAUAGUACAGAGCGCACCACCGGGUCCAACGGUACAUCAUCCAAAGCCGCAGCAUCCUCAUCUGGCUUCGUAUCCACACGGUCCCACGGUAUUGCCGCUUGGUAAUCAGGUUGCGGCUAGUCCAGAUCCUACGACUGGUGCUAUGUCACCAGGUCUUUCCAGUGUCGCGACCAGCAAUUCCGAGGCGGAGGAUCUUUUGGACGACAUAUUGUCGUUCGAGGCAAACUCUCUAGGUGAUAAUUUAAAGGACAGCCAAUCAGGAAGUCUGACCAAUAUUCCCGAGUUGCAAAUCAAACCGGAACCUUUGCUACUUACGGAGGCGGAGAUACAUGCGCUUGCCAAAGAUCGACAAAAGAAAGAUAAUCAUAAUAUGAUCGAGAGACGACGACGGUUCAACAUCAACGACAGAAUCAAAGAGCUCGGCACUCUUUUGCCUAAAACUAACGAUCCGUAUUACGAAAUCGUUCGAGACGUUAGGCCGAAUAAAGGCACGAUACUCAAGUCUUCGGUCGAAUAUAUAAAAUUGUUGAAAAACGAGUUGACAAGAAUGAAACAGAACGAAGUCAGGCACAAGCAAUUGGAACAUCAGAAUCGCCGACUCCUUUUACGAGUUCAAGAGUUGGAAUUGCAAGCAAAAGCGCAUGGCCUUCCGGUUUCUGAUUUCAAUUGGGCCUCCACUUCCGGUAGCAUGUUGAACGCCUUUGCUCGAAACAAACUCGAGCAUCGCAAGAUUCCAGAAUUGGUUACCGAAGAAGCAACGAGUUUGAGCAUGUCUCAACUGGAAGAUCUGAUGGAGGACGACGGGAAUGGUCCGAUUCAUAGCGGCGAUCCUAUGCUCUCCUCGCCUCAUCUACCGCCGUUGAGUCCGACGCAAACUGGUUGUCAACAUGGGCUGCCGGACGAGGACACCCUCGGUAGUUUGGCACCGACCACGCCCAAUUCUUCCUCCGACAUGGAUAUCGUCGCGUAAUACGAUUCAAACGGAAUCAAAUCGAAUGGAAUUCGAAUCGUAUUCCAAUAUUAUUUAUCGGAACGAGCUAGCAACGAGAGUGAUGCGAAUGAUACGUAGCGACGAUGCGGUCGAAAGAGAGAGGCAAAUAAGUUGGUUGCGUCGCGUUGCGAUCAUCACACAAGCGUUAUGUUCUUCUUUUAUCGUUAUCUUUCUUCAACGGCUGGCCGUUACCCCCUCAUACUUACAUACGUAUUACGAACUAUACGUUUUACACGAAUACUAGAACGAUACUGGUGCAUACAAUAUUUGUACGAUAGGGUCGUUCUUCUCUCGAAACCUCACCGACUCGCCGCGCGUCUUUUAACUUUUAUCGUUAGUUCGCGAUUACACCGUUCCCGUUACCAUGGGAACGUCGAAUAAAGUGCGCGCGCAACGCAUUUGUUGUGGGAAUAAAACUCGCGCAGGUCGCGAGUCGUCCAACGAACGAACAAACAAAAAAAUCUUAAAAUAUUUUUGAAAUUGCAUAUCGCGUUCACUCGUCCAAAAUUACGAUAUUUUGGAUAUUUUAAUCUCGCGAGAUUCUUUUCAUUCGCUCAUCUUGCUUCGUAUCAUCGAUCGAGCAUAUUUCAACCAUUUAUUUAAAAUUCUUUUCACGUCUUUGUUUCGUUACUUUUUUUUUUCUUCUCUCUCUCUUUCUCUCUCUUUUUCUCUUUCUCUCUUUCCGUCUCUUCUCGCGAAGAUGCAAAGAUGCGAACAUCGUUUCAAACGUCGGUUCAUCUCGAUAAAUGAUAAUAACAAUUCGAAUCGAAUAAUAAUUUGAUCCUAUGACGUUUGAUUCGAGCGGAUAAUUUCAAUGAUAUUUUUAUACAAAAACUUCCGAUGUGAAAAGACAUACAUAUACAUAUAUCUAUUCAUAAUGGUGAAUAUGUGCCAAUUAAAAUUUACUAUAUCUAGAUCUAAGAAAAAUGAUCGAAUAAUUUUAAGCAACAAUCGAUUCGAAACGAAAUUUAAAAACAAAUGGUGCAAACGAUAUAUAGAAAGUAGGGAUUUUGCGAAAAAUGGUCAAUGUACAUAAAGAGGAUAAAAAUCUGCGAAUCAAUAUAUAUAUAUAUAUAUAUAUAUACAUAUGUAUACAAUAUAUGUAUAUGUGUAUAAUAUGUAUAUAUAUAUAUAUAUAUAUAUUUCCUAAAGUAUUUUGCGAUGGAAACAACCAGUAAUUUGCGCUGUCGAAAAAUAAUCUGUACAUUUUUAUAGAUAUAAACAGAGACAUAUCGCGCACGCGAAUAUCGAACUAUCGUUUCCGUCGCUCUGUGAUCAUUGUAUUUUAAUACCUAUGUAACAAUUGCGUCUUACCUCGUUAAUACGUAUUAUUCUCGCUCACUGUUAUCCGCGAGAACCGCUCUAGAAUGGAAUCGCGAUAAUUCUAAGCGGUGAUCGCGAGAAACUAUAGAAUAUAUAAAGAAAUGUUACAGAAA